UGUGUGAGGGGCCGGACAGCUCUGAUUCUCCAGUGUUGUGUCUGAGAGCGUGGAGAUGCGGUGCUCAUUUCACCAGCAGACUCUCAGUGUGUAUGUGUGUGUGUCUGGGACGGAUCGCAGCUCCUCUCCUCUAGAAGCUCCUCUACGCUCACAGUGUCGGUGAUGUGCUCCUCCGCUCGGAUCGCGCUCGCGCUGCUCUUCAUCUGGGUUCUUCUUCUCUCGAGUCCCGCCGAAUCCAAGCGGAACCGAGGCGCGAUCCCGCACCCGGACAAGAACAACCCGAACGAGUCGAGCCAGCAGCAGCAGCAGCAGCAGCAGCAGGCGGCCCCGGGCUCCAGAGGCAGGAGCCGCGGCUCGGAGGAGGUUCUGGAGUCCAGUCAGGAGGCGCUGCACGUCACCGAGCGCCGCUACCUGAAGCGCGACUGGUGCAAGACGCAGCCGCUCAAACAGACCAUCCACGAGGAGGGCUGCGUCAGCCGCGCCAUCAUCAACCGCUUCUGCUACGGACAGUGCAACUCCUUCUACAUCCCCAGACACGUGCGCAGAGAGGAGGGCGCGUUCCAGUCGUGCUCGUUCUGCAAACCCAAGCGUUUCACCACCAUGACCUUCACCCUCAACUGCCCCGACCAGCAGCCGCCGACCCGGAAGAAGCGCGUGCAGCGCGUCAAACAGUGCCGCUGCAUCUCCAUCGAGCUGGACUAGAACCGAGAGCGGCGCGUCAGUGCGAGCACGCUUGAUCUGCUGGAAGCGACGCGUCUGUCAGCACUACACACUACAAGCACCUUUAUAUUCGCCUGCAAACCCGUGUUCUGGCAUCAAGGUUUUUAGCGACGCGUAAAUGUGUCCGAAUUUUGACAAGUAGUGCAAAACUGAAUCUAAAUCCAGAGCUUUUUGAAUGAUUAUUAAACGUGCAGU